AUGGACGAGAUAGACAUACAGGCUGACGACCUAAAGUUCUCCCUUCAUCCUGAGGAUCCUGCCAACUUUCUUAAAUUAUCUGCUGCACUUCAUAUACUAAUAAAGCAUCAGCUCAGCAACAAGGACCUUGAUGAAGCGGAUCAAUUAAUUCAUGAUUACUGUACCAUGCUUCUUAAUCUUUACAGUUCAAACAUUGUCAAGGCCAAUCAUCACUAUGCUACACAUGUCAUCGAGUACACACGAAACUUCAUUCCUCUACACGACUUCUGGACCUUCAUUUUUGAAUGUUUGAAAAAGGUCCUCAAAUCUUACAAAAUGAACAAGCAUAUGGGCCAAAUGUCUCCAACAGAGACACUUCCUCAAGAAGUUGCAAAUAUCAUGAUCAAGGUGUCUAAUGAGGGACAGGGGACUGUGGCAGGAUUAGCGGCACUCAUGAAGGAUCUUGAUGAUGCUGCCGUCGACACUGUUCAAAUGUAUUCGCUAAAUCUGCAACAUCGCAAGAGGGACAUGUCUAUGCAUAUCAAGACUUCUGUAAACGCCUUGAGAAAGAAACGAGACUUGCUUAUCAUUCAAUGA